CGCGCUGUCCCUCCACACGUUACGUCACGGUUGAAGCACGCAUCUCCACUCGUGCGCUUUUCGCCGCAUUUUUAACGCUGUUUCCGUGUUUUGCUCAACCGGUACGUAAACGAGCACACGCAAAGCAACGAGAAAAGUGAAAAUGCCGACCAAUAAACUGAAAUUGUAUGUGUGAGCGAAGGGAGACAUAAUAACGGCAGCGAAGUCGAAUUGCUUUUGCUAGAGACCAUGCAAGCGGGUGUAACACUGUGAACAUUGGCAUUUUUCUGCAUAACGCUUUGUGCCUGACUUUCGCCAUUAACUGUUGGUUGGCGUAUUUAUUGCUUCACUACUUGGCUGCCUCUUUUUGCCUUUGGCCGCCUCUCCGCACACCUUCUCAUUUGUGUACUAUUCGCUAGGUUUUUGUUUUGUUAUUGCGCGCGCGAGGCGAACAUGUGCUUGUGUGUGUGCCUGUAUGCGUGCAUGUGUGUUGGUGGGGCCAUGAUUUUGGCACUUACACGACAGACUCCAGCCAGUCGUCAACCAAAUCCGGUCGUCUAUGCCGUAUGCUGGUGGUGGCGUUCACUUCGAUUUGCACUGUACGUUUCAGUCUAAGCAAAAUCUUCGCCAGCGACGGUCGCUUUCUGCUCGUCUAUCCCUUGGUUCGGUCGUCGAUACGAAAUCACAGUAGCUGGGUGCGCGCGCGUUGUGACAACGAAGAAACCAUACUUUCUUUCCGAUUAGGCGAUUUUACUUUAUUUAUUUAAAAUUAUUUAUAUUAUUUUUCGAUUUGGUGAAAUGUCACAGUGACUAAACAUUUGCUAAUUUGUGGUUACUAAAUGCUUUUCUACAAACGACUGGGACGUCCCUUUUUGUGAGCAAAAUAUGUUAUGUAUUUGUCUUGUGACUUCUUGUUUUUCUGCUAAUUUUUUGGUCGCUAAAAUAACACGAAAUUCGUGAAAGUGAAAACAUUUGUGCACAUAUUGUUUUUGUAAAAGUUUACUUCGUACACUUUUUACUGUCGUUGCAACGGUAACUCCAAAGUAUAGUCUCUUUUCGCUAAAUAUAAAUUGAUUUCAAAGUGUUUGGAACCCAAGUCAAAUGCUUAGAAAAGGUGCCAAAUUUUCAAAUUGAGGAAUAAAAAAAAAAAAAAAAUUAAAAAAAAAAAUAAUUACUAAAAAUCAAAUAGAUUGCUUCAAGGGUGUAAGUUUAAAGUUCAAGGGUUCAUUUACCUUAAGCAAAAAGUGCUAGAAAUUCCAAUGAACUGCACUUUUCCAACAAGCGUUUGUUUUUGUAUUGCACCGCUUUAACAGUGCUUUAUUUUCGCCAUGCAUUUUGUUGUUGCCAAACUUCUUACGGCUUAGCGCUUGAAAAAAGUCCAGUUCUUCGUUGACACACACACACACAAUUGCAAGUUACACACCGCUUGGACUUAGCCGCCACUCUGUCCAGCGCUGUUCAAUACCCAACAAAAAAUCAAUGUGUACAGCGCUUGUCGCAAUAUUGGACACACUAGCCGCUAGAGCGUGGAAAAUGCUGUGCUAUCGCCGCAAUUAGCAUUGUAGUGCAGCACGUGUGAACAACAAUAACAACAAUUGCAGUCGUACCAGCAGCGCAGCUAGGCAUAGCAGCUCCAAAUACGCCGACAACGAAACGAAACUCCAACUCUAGCCUAUAAACUGCCUGCAGCGCCCAACUGCCAGCAACAGCGCUGUAUUGAACGAUUGCGUGCGUUGACUUUGCGACCAUUUCCUUGCUUACUUCAAACAAAAUACCAGUAUUUUGGUGAAAUCACCUCCUCCGCUUCGCUAAUGUGCCUGUGAACGUCGGCGUACGCUACGUCAAAGAGUGCCGCCUGUAUUGAAAGCGUAGCAGAUUUGUUUUCUGCAUCAACACACCGACUGCGUCUACUAAGUUAUGAUCUGCGAAGGCAUGUCUUCGCCCGCAACGAAUGCAACGAAAUACAAUAACAACAAAGCACACACACACGCUUGAAAAUUGAUAAAUCAAAGCAAUUUACUUAAACAAACACUGGCGGAAAGUGAAACAAGUGAAAACAACAAAAAAAAAAACAAAUAAUGUUAAGCAUUUUUUACACAUAAAACUUACCAAACCAAGGAAGUACUAUUAUUAAAAUUUACAAACUAAAAAUAAAUAAAUAAAUCAAACAAAUCAGUUGAAAGAAAGUACUACGACACAACAAACAACAUACACAAUUUACAACAAAAAAAUAUAUAAAAAAAUUUAAAAACGCAUAAAACUGUAAAUAAAAAUCGCGCACACCAGCAAAAUGUCAACGACCAACGAUAUAGUCACCGCUGAGGCGGCACCAGCCAGCGCGUUGCCAAUGUCGCAAAUGCCCGCUGCACCGACGCCAGCAAACGAUCAGAAUCUGGGCUACGCUCCGAUGAAAAUACGCAAAUUGCGUAUCAUACUCGGCACCAUCGCUGCGCUCAUCGUUAUCGCCCUACUCGCUGUGGCGUUAACAUUCAUCAUCAAAGCUGGGGAUGAUGAUGAUGUGAGCCCACAGGAUAAAGAUAAUGGCCUCCAUUUGGAUGAGGUCAUAACCGGGGCAUUAUCAGCGCAUCGCUUCAAUGGUACAUGGACGCCGCAAUCGCGUAUACUCUUCCGGGAAAACAAUUCGAUUGUCGAGUAUGACGUGAAGACGAAAAAGAAAAGAGUGCUGCUGUAUGAUGAGCACCGUCAGUACUCGCUCUUCGAGAUGUCCGCAGAUCGUGAGCUAUUAUUGUUAGCUAAAAAUUUGUCCAAAUAUUUCCGUCACAGCUUCUUUGCGCAGUACGACAUUUAUAAUAUCACGUCUGGUCAGAUACAACCGUUGAUGAUCAAUGGCGUGCAACAAUUGCUGCUCUUUGCGCAGUGGGCGCCCGUCGGCAACGGGCUGAUCAUCAACUUCGAACGUAAUCUUUACUAUAAGCCAACAGCAUAUGCGGAAGCAAUUCCGCUGACAAGCGAUGAGAGUAUCGCCAUCUUGAAUGGCAUACCCGAUUGGGUGUAUGAAGAGGAGGUGUUUAGCACUAACAUCGCUACCUGGUUCAAUCCGACUGGCACACAUAUCGCAUUCAUCAAAUUCGAUGACUCACCAACACACGCCAUUAAUUUGCCAAUCUACGGUGAGGCCAACGAACCACGUUUUCAAUAUCCACUCACGAAGUUUAUACCGUAUCCGAAGGCGGGCUCCUCGAAUCCGCGUGUCAGUCUCUAUACUGUCGAUUUGGCGCGCGCGGCUAAAGGUUUAGAGUUUCUCACGCAGAUUCCGGUGCCCAGCUCGCUGAACACCGAGACCGACUAUAUCAUCUCAGCGGUCGAGUGGUUAGACAAUGAGCGUGUACUCUCCGUUUGGAUGAAUCGCAUACAAAAUUUGGCAUAUCUGCAGGUCUUCGAUGGUGUACGUCGAUUAGAGAUCUAUAAUAUAGAAUCGAAGACUGGUUGGGUGAAUUUGUUUACACCACCCUUCAAGAACCGCGACGGUUCACGCAUAGCUCUUGUACUGCCACAGCUACAGGAUGAUCAGACUUACUAUCGUCAGAUCUGUACGCUUUCGACGAAAACAUCUGGUGGCGCUGUUGAAACACUAACAAAAGGUAAGUACGUUGUGGAGGGUAUACUACAUUGGGAUGCGGCUAGCGAUGUCAUAUUUUAUAUGGCUAAUACUGAACAACAAUCCCAAGUGGCGCAUGUUUAUGCGAUCAAAGCCGACACAGGCCGUACACCACAGUGCCUCACAUGUGGGCUGCAUGUAUCGGGCGACGUGCAGCAAACAUAUUAUGAGGUUUCUUUCAGUGACGAACGCCAAAUGGCGAUCACUUCGGAUGGUCCCGGCAUACCGAUGACUGUAUUAUAUGAAUGGAACUGGGAAAAUGAUCAAGUGGUGCUGAAGAAAGUUAUCGAUUGGGAAUUGAAUACCGAACUACGUGCGAAACUGAAACUGAAAGCUAUGCCCACCUAUGAAAUACAUACCUUUCCGAUUGCGGGUAACUUUACUGCCAAAGUGUUGCUACAAUUGCCACCCAAUCUCGAUCGUAGUGGCAACACUAAAUAUCCACUACUUGUGGACGUCUAUGGUGGACCCGACUCUACCUCGGUGCUCGAUCGUUGGAUGAUCGAUUGGGGCACUUAUCUUUCAUCAAACCAAUCUGUGAUUUAUGCCAAGAUAGAUGGACGCGGAUCUGGCUCACGUGGUGAUAAACUAUUGCAUUCGGUGUAUCUAAAGUUAGGCACUGUAGAGAUCACCGAUCAAGUUGAUGUAACCAGACAACUGCAGCAGAAAUUUUCAUUCAUUGAUGCCAAUCACACAGGCAUCUGGGGUUGGAGUUAUGGCGGCUAUGCGGCCGCUAUGGCUCUGGCCAAUGACGACAGUCAAGUGUUCCGUUGUGCCGCUUCUGUAGCACCCGUAACCGAUUGGGCUUACUAUGACUCCAUUUACACUGAACGCUAUAUGAGUCUGCCCAAACUGAAUGAAGUCGGUUAUGCGAAUUCACAGCUCACCACACGCGCACAGCGUUUGCGCGGCAAGAAAUUCAUGCUGAUCCACGGCACUCUCGAUGACAACGUGCACUACCAACAGGCUAUGGUUUUGGCGAAGAAUUUGGAGAGAUUGGACAUCCUAUUUAAGCAAAUUAGCUAUACCGAUGAAGACCACAGCUUGGCGUCAGUGCGACCGCAUUUAUAUCACUCGUUGGAUCGUUUCUUCGGCGACUGCUUCGGCAACAAGCGCAUGAUGUCGCGUUGGAAUGGCAAAUGAUUGUAUCGUCAUAAUAACAACAACAACAGUAAACGAACCAGCAAACAGGGAAUAUAGCGAAGGCGAAAAGGACGAAAAGAAAAGAAAACAGAAAGAUAAUAUCAGAGUCAAAAAGUGACUCAACUGAAGACAAUAUCGGUGUGAAUUAAAAUUAAAUUUAAUAAAAAUUAGAAAAAGCGCAAACAGCGCAAAACACUCAAAGGUGACAAACACACUCAAGUGUAAGCACACCAGUAAUUGAAAAAAAAUAUUUGCAAUUAAAAAAAAUGAAGCAUACGCGUAGGCGAACGAAUUUUUGUACUUAAUAAACAGAUGUAAGUGUAAGCAAAUUUUUUUUUUUUUUAAUUUUCAAAAUAAAUACAUAAAGCAUGCAUACAUACGUAUAUACAUACAUAGAACAGCUGAGAUAGCAUUUAACUAUAACUAGUAUCUCAAUUAACGCAAACAAGCAACAAAAUUAGAGCGCAUUGACAUAAAUAUUUCCGCAAAGCUACAUACACGCACACAUACAUAUGUAGCGAUGAGGUUUAAAGUAGACAAAUUUUAUUAGCAUUUAAUAAGCAAUAUUAUAAAUAGAAUUAAGCAGAAGGAGAAGCAAAAACAAAAAAAAAAACAAAAAAACAAACAAAGAAAUAUAGUUCCACACAAACAAAGUUAUUUAAAAAAAAAAUUUAAGCGUAAACACACAAAGAAAGGGCAAUGAAAUUUGGAAAACACGCAAUUCCAAAACAUAAUUUAUGUUCUAUACACAUACAAAGACGUAGAGAUAUAGUGGCGUAUAUACAUGUACGCACACAUAAUUGCAAACAUAGUAGUUGUAGUUGGUAAACAAGUUUUUAAAAAUUAUUUUUAAAAAAUUUGUAAAAUCUUUUUUCGUUUUUAUAAAACAAAAAGUAGUAAUUUUGUCCCCCGUGAAUGUCAGUCACAAUUGUUACGUUUUCCUAGGUUUAUUUAUCGAUUCAGCAGCACACGUAUAUAAAAAAGCACACAUAAUACAAAAAAUUUUGUGAAAAAAUUACAAAUUUGAGUAUAAAAGGGCAUACAUUUUAAACAAAAAAUUUUGCAAAAAAAAAAAGAUUUGGUUUAAAAAAAAGCACACAUAAUACAAAAAUUUUUGUGAAAAAAUUACAAAUUUGAGUAUAAAAGGGCACACAUUUUAAACAAAAAAUUUUGCAAAAAAAAAACAGAUUUGGUUUAAACAAAAGCACACAAUAAAUUAAGUUUAAAAAAAGCGCACACUUUAAAAAAAAAUUUCGCCAAAAAAUUAAAAAUUUGGUUUAAAAAAGCGCACAAUUUUAAACAAAAAAUUUUGUGAAAAAACUACAAAGUUGGGUUUAGUUUUAGAAACUUUAUUUAUACUAAAAAUAUACUAAAUUUAAGUUAAUGAUAUUUAGUUUAAAAAUUUAUUGUUUGUAUUAUAUGUUCAAAUAGUAUUGUUUUUUAAUUUACUUUUUCUUUAUUUUUAAAAAUUUGCUUGAUCUUAUGCUAUAAAAUAGUAGUAUAUAAAAUCAAAUUACAUACGUUAUUUAGGUUAAAAAACUUUAAAUUAAGUCAAACACAUAUUUUACACUAGCGGCGCCGGCUAUUUGUUUAAAAUAUGUAUUUUUUUAGUUAAGUAUUUUUUUUUAUAUUUUUUUUGUUUUAAUUACUUUUUUUUUAUUAUUUUUUUUAAGUUACUAUUAUUUUUACAGAAAAAUAUAUGCUUUAUCUAGCAUUUAUUUUUUAAAUUAUAUAUUAAAUUUUCCUUGGUAAAUUCCAAACAAAAAACAAACAAAUAUUUAUAAUACCAGUUUUAUAUAUGUACAUUAUUUUGCAUUUUCCUUAAAGCAAAAUCCUAAAUUUUCAAAAUUCAAAAAAAUUAUUUUAAGCAAUCUAACAUUUAACUGCUUAAAAUAAGUUUUGAAAGAAACUAUUUUUUAUAUACACAUUUUUUCAAAUAGUUUUUAUUUUUAUAUAAAUUUUUGGCAUUCAAUACUGCUAAAAAAAAUAAUUUUAAAUUGCAAAAUAUGAAGGUAAAUUAAGUAGUUUACUUAAUAUUACUAGCAUAGCUGUUUCAAUAAAGCAAAUAUUCUAAAAAAAAAAAACAUGCACAAAAUCACAAAAUAAAAAAACACACCAAACA